AUGUUCCCGAUCUAUGUCACGCAAAAUUACUGGGAUCAGGAUCUCGGGGCUCGUCCAAAUUCUUCGAGCGUCAACAACACCCACAUCCAAGAUUUCUCAUUUGAAAACUUCGUCGGGACGAUCAACGACACGCCUGGCUACGUUGAAGGAUCCUGCGUGACGGAUCCGUGCUGGUAUGCCGUCGAAGGCGCGACCGGCAAAGAGGUGGCCAUCUUGGACCUCUACCCCAAUACAGCUGCCAAUGUCGUCGCGAAGCACGUUCUCGCGACGACAGAGACGGGAGCACCCGUUCGGGUUAUGUGCAAUGCGUCGACCAUAACCUCGGACGUCGGCUUCAAGUGCUGGGAUGGGCUCUUCGAACCCACGAAAGCUGGCCUAUUGUAG